AUGCUCGUAUUCGAUCUCGGAACACGCAAGGACUGGGUCAAGUACACGCCAGGCGUCAUUAAAUUGAUAACCGGCAGGAGGUACCCCGUCCAAGUUGACCUCGAUGUCGUCGAUUCCCUGCAGAAGGGCGGUACCUCGCCCACAGAGAUCGACUAUGUCUGUGUCUCGCAUUGCCAUUGGGACCAUUCCCUCUUCAAAUCCGGCUACCCAGAAGACCCAACCUCGCAUUUCACGUCCGGCCUCUUCCCAUUGGAAGGACGCACAAAGUUCCUUAAUCCAACUUAUUGGACACCCAUCGGACCCUUCCCUCGUGCACUCGACUUCUUCGGCGACGGCAGCCUCUACGUCGUUGACUCCCCCGGGCACCUCGUGGGGCAUGUCAAGAUCCUCGCCCGCACGUCGUCCGACGGUGGGUGGAUCUAUCUCGGGUGGAUCUAUCUCGGCGGGGACAAUGCACACCACUGA